AUGUCAGGAACUGAAUAUAAGGGUGCGAAUGGCAUCUUCCAGCCAGGUGUGACCCAUCCUGGUGGCAAUGCCAAGUCCAAGUCUCUCUUUAAGAACUGCGACAUGAUGUGGAAGCAGAGCAUCUGGACGUCCACCAUCUCCAGCCACCUGGCCAUCAAGCACCUCAAGGACGGAGGCCUCCUCACCUUGACAGGGGCCAAGGCGGCCCUGGAUGGGACUCCUGGGAUGAUCGGCUACGGCAUGGCCAAGGGCGCGGUCCACCAGCUCUGCCAAAGCCUGGCGGGGAAGAAGAGCGGCAUCGCCCUGCUUCCGGUUACCCUGGACACCCCGAUGAACCAGAAGUCCAUGCCUGAGGCCGACUUCAGCUCCUGGACCCCCUUGGAGUUUCUAGUUGAAACCUUCCAUGACUGGAUCACAGAGAAAAACCGACCCAGCUCGGGAAGCCUAAUCCAGGUGGUCACCACGGAGGGAAAGACAGAGCUGACCCCUGCAUAUUUCUGAGCCCCAUGUUGUGCGA